AGAAAAAAAAGAAAGAAAGAAAGGAGAAGCUUUUUGUAAGCAGGAUAAAGGCACACGCACUCAUUGUGCAAAGUGGGAAGCUAACUACCCAGUAGAGAAAAAAAGCACGGUUAAGUUAGUGCAAAACCAAGAAACAAAACCAAACCAUUUUCACUUUCCGUUUCAUGUAGAUUCUCCGUUCCCAACUCGUUUACCCGAUUCAACCUUGACUCGUCCCGGUUCAAGCUCAAACUUCUACUCAUGGCGAAUAACCCUUCCGACGCUCCCGCAGACGAUUUCCUUGAACAAAUUCUCGGCCUCCCGACCUUCGCUUCCGGAGACUCGGGCCUUGCUUCUGCCGAUGUUGGACUCUCCGGUACUACUUCUCCGGCUCCGAUGAUGCUGCAGCUUAACUCUGCCGACGCCAACGCUCACCUCACCGGCGCCGCCUUCCACGCGCCGGUGUAUCAGUUAGGUCUUAGCUUGGACCAAGGCAAAGGAGGGUUCAUGAAGCCCGAGGAAGCCUCCGCUAGUGGAAAGCGCUAUCGCGACGACGUGGUUGAUGGUAGAGCUAAGAAUGUUUUUCAUGGGCAACCCAUGCCUACUACUAUGCCUACUGCUCCACAUCCUCCAGCAAUACGCCCUAGGGUGCGAGCAAGGAGAGGACAGGCUACAGAUCCACAUAGCAUAGCUGAACGGUUGCGCAGAGAAAGAAUAGCAGAAAGAAUCAGGGCGUUGCAAGAACUCGUUCCCAGUGUCAAUAAGACGGAUAGAGCUGCCAUGUUAGAUGAAAUUGUCGAUUAUGUCAAGUUCCUAAGGCUUCAAGUGAAGGUUUUGAGCAUGAGUAGAUUGGGUGGAGCGGGUGCAGUGGCACCACUGGUAACUGACAUACCGUUAUCAUCAGUUGAGGAAGAAGGUGGUGAAGGUGCAAGAAACCGACCAGCAUGGGACAAGUUGUCAAAUGAUGGCACAGAAAGACAGGUAGCCAAGCUUAUGGAAGAAAACGUUGGGGCUGCCAUGCAGUUUCUUCAAUCAAAGGCUCUCUGCAUCAUGCCCAUCUCACUAGCAUCGGCAAUUUACCAGUCACAACCACCGGACUCUUCUAGUAUAGUGAAGCCUGAAACUAAUCCUCCUUCAUAGACCUUAGGCACACGUGUUGAGCAAUCUACUAUUGGUCCCGUGACGGGCUCACCUAAUACUGCUGGGACCCACGCCUAACGCGUUAUUUGUCUGUUCCAAACCCCCAUAAAUAAGUCACUGGAAAGCAUCAAGUUGCAAUCAAAGUCAGAUGCCAUAAUUCUUCCUUUUUUGCCUUUGUUCCAGCUUUUGUCAAUACAGGGUUCGAUGUCAAUGCCUUGGAAAAUACAAGCAAACCCCUAUCUUGUCUUACCGAAUUUCAAGUAGAGAGGAAGAAAUUGUCAAAAGUUGAAGUGAUAUGCGUCUCUUUUUUUUGUGUCAAAUGGUGGGGGUAGUGGACCAUGAUGUUAAGCGCUUUUGUAGUGGGAUGUGGGACCUUCUAAAAGGUUAGAGUGGUGUGUAUACUUUUAAUAGUGAAGCUGAAAUGAACAAUAGUUGCUUUAACAAUGCUGGGCUAUGGCCAGUCUUCCAAAAACUAUGAUGGUGCUUUGUUUUUUGUU